AAUUGCCAUUAUCAACUAGUCAGCAUGGUCAAGAAAGUUUACUUGUAUGGAUUUCCCACUGUGGAGUCUCCAGAAGCGGUGACAAAAUUUCUGGAGGAGUAUACCGGAGAAGGAACUGUUCUCUCUGUGAAUGUUCUUCGUCCAAAAGAUGGCGCAUCAAGAUCAUCUGCCACAGUUCAAUUCACAACUGCAGAAUGUGCUGAAAUACUACUUCCAUUAGCCGAAAAAAAAGGCCUGUGGUAUGGAGAGUCUUAUCUGAAAGCUAGAGAAUGGAAGCGUGACAUGGCACCGAGAUCAGAAGUCUUGGAGGAACUUGUGACACUUCACUUUGGAUGCAAGAUAUCUGGGGAGAAGUUUUCGGUGCUUUGGACAAAAUCAGAUGUUUCUGUGACAUUUGGGAUGGAACGGAAAAAUGUGCACUUGUCUUUCUGCUAUGAUUGUGUUAAAUACAAGCUUGAGCUCCCAUCUGACACUAUUUGCCGGAUUGAGCUGCAUUGUCCACGUGAUCAGUUUACAAAGUUUCUUCUCAUCCAGUUACGUGGUGCCCCUCGGAUUUAUAAGAAAGAUGUAACUUUGGCUUCUGACAACCACUGGGUUCGAGAAGUUGAUUUCACUCCAUCAUGUUGCAUCGAGCAAUCCUCUUCUUUAUGUUUGGAGCUUCCAUUAAGGUGUGCACUUCCAGAUCUAGGCAAGAGUUUCAUUCACUAUAUAGAGAAUGAAGGACAGUUUGUGCUGAAGAGAGGUAACACUUUCUCCGGAAAUUCAGCUCUUGUUCCUACUCUGGCUCCACCCUUAGGGAUUGACUUGCCGUAUAAAAUCCUGUUCAAGAUAAAUUCAUUGGUUCAGCAUGGUUGUAUUCCCGGGCAAGCUCUUGAUGUCGAUUUUUAUAAUCUAGUGGAUCCUAAAAGAAUAAGAAUUGAAUAUAUAGAGUGUGCCUUGGACAAACUGUUCAACUCCAGGGAGUGCUGCUAUGAACCUGUAAGGUGGCUUCUUAAGCAGUACAUCAUGUACAAGGCAUGCAAGCGGAUUCCUCAUUCACCAGCUAUAUCUUUAGAUGAGGACUUGGGGAAGAUGAAUUCUGUAGAUUCCAAAUUUUUCUUUUUUCCAAUGGAAACCACCAGUUCAACCUCCUCCUCCACCACCUCAGCCCAAACACUCAACCUCAACAGUGAUCAUUCUCUCAAUGCAUCACAGUCCUCCAAUGCUGGGAAUGACUUUUCCUCUAGCAGUGUAUCCCAUUUUCUAUCCAUCAGGUUAGAUAGAACCAACUAUCCUCUAUGGUUGGCUCAAAUGUCUCAGAUUCUCAAGGGUCGCAAACUCAUGGGCAUUGUGGAUGGCACUAAUCCUUGCCCUCCAUGUUUCCUUGCUGAUAGUGAAGGCAAGCUCUCUGACACCGUCAUUCCCAACUAUGAAAAUUGGAUUGCUCAAGAGCAGACUGUGCUCAGUUGGAUCAAUGAGACUCUCACUCCCUCCGUGCUUGCAACGGUUGCCCGUUCCACAUCUGCCUUUUCUACCUGGAGGUCCUUGGCUAGGAGAUACGCAUCUCAAUCAGAGAAUCAGGUUCUGCAGCUCCGCAGUGAUCUCCUUCGUACUUUCCGUGGUAAUCUCAGCAUCUCUGACUAUCUUUACAAGAUUAAUUCCAUUGCAGAUAAUCUUGCCCUUGCUGGACAUCCUAUGACCGAUGAAGAUUUGGUAUCUAUUAUUAUGAACAACGUUGGUCCUCUUUAUGAGACGACAGUGAGUUUUGCUCAAGCACGUGAUACACCCAUCACGUAUGAUUUCCUUGAAGCCUUACUCUUAUCUACGGAACGAAGGAUGGCUGAUCAACAUCAAGGUGCUCUUGACCUUAGCUCUCAACUGACAGCCCUACAUGUCUCUAAUUCUGGCAGUGGCAGAGGCCGAGGUCGAGGUCGUCAUCAGACUUGGCAACCGAACAACAUCAGUGUGUCCGUUUGAGAAUUGUAGAUUAAUCCUUAGCUGUUGUGUAUUUCCUUUAAUUUUAUGAAUAAGAUUGGCAACACAUAUGUUGUAUUAAUUCUGAAUUACUUUUGAUGUUGUAUCAUCACUGAAGCGCCAUUUUACUUGGCAAAGGUGUCUGUUUGAAAAUUGAAAGUGUUUAAG